UUCAGAAUAGUUUCACCUGAUCCAUCCCUUUGAUCGGGCCUGUGUCUGUGGUCUGCUCUACCUUUCUAAAUAUUUAAAGCUUAACUAGCUUUCAGUAUCUGGUUGCAGUCUGUAGAGGAGCAACCGUCAGAACCAACAAUGGCCCAGCUUGUGUCUUCACUGGGACGGUUCUGCCAGGUCAAUGCAUUCGCCUGCCUGCUUCUCUGCUACCUGCUCUUUGUUCUGCUGGGAGGUCUGGUGUUCACAGCUGUGGAGAAGCCGGUGGAGGAGGAGCUGAGAGCCGAGGUGGAGGAGCUGCGUCGCUCCUUCCUGCGGGAGAACCCGUGUGUGGACGAGAGCAGGCUGAGCCAGCUGCUGGUGAAAGCUCUCUCUGCUCAUCACAGUGACAUAGCUGUUCUGAAGGCUGAUGGGGAGGAGAGACGCUACGACUUCACAUCGUCCCUCUACUUUGUCAUUGUCACGCUGACCACCAUGGGUUCUGACACUUACACUCCGAAAUCAGAUGAGGCCAAGCUCUUCUGUAUCUUCUACUGCACCCUGGGGAUUCCCCUCACCCUGCUCCUCCUCACCCUCCUCUCCAACCUCCUCCUCCCUGUCAUCACCCACGUUCCUGUCCACCACUUGCACACUUACUGGGGUUUGCCCUAUGACCGGGCCACCUCUGUCCAUGCUGGCCUCCUCUCUGUGCUUGUCCUCUUCCUCCUUUUCCUCGUCCCUGCCCUCCUGGUCUGUGUGCUGGAGCCCGACUGGAGCUUUCUGGAUGCUCUUUUCUUCUGCUUUGUCAUCCUGAGCACUGUUGGCCAGGGAGGAGACGCUCUUGGGAGAACCUGGGGCCCGACAGCCAAGGAGACACUCCAACUCCUCACCACAUGUUACCUGCUGGUGGGCCUGGUGGUGAUCAUUACCUUUAAGGAUACGGUCCUGCAGGUUCCCCAGGUCUGUGCAGUGAUGAGGCUCUUCUCUGGUCCGCACUAUACAGAGCUGAAAGGUGUCCGUCUCAAUGAACUGACACUGAGUGAAGAAAACUGUGAGGAGGAGCCUCAGUACUCCCAGUCCGUCUGCACUGUCUCCUCUACCCCAUUAGAGCUGAUGAGCCCACGCUCACACAGAGCCAGACCCUCCACUGCCAAAACCACCUGACCCUCACACACAACCCAUCAGUUUCUGACUUACAGCUUUUGUGAAGUGUUUCAAUUUUUUUUGACAGGCUCCAUAAAUAAACAGUAAUUUUAUCAUUGUAAAACACACCGCAUUCAAAGUGGACAGAAACAAAAUAAA